AUGGGCCCCUGUACCCCCUCCUCAUGCUGCUGCCAGGCCCGUAAUCUGCCAUGGGCCCCUGUACCGCCUCCUCAUGCUGCUGCCAGGCCCGUAAUCUGCCAUGGGCCCCCGUACCGCCUCCUCAUGCUGCUGCCAGGCCCGUAAUCUGUCAUGGGCCCCUGUACCGCCUCCUCAUGCUGCUGCCAGGUCCAGAGUGUCAUGGGUCCCUGUACGGCCUCCCAUUGCUGCUGUCUCCAUCGCCACACUCUGCCAUGUGCCACUUUCAGGUCUCCUCACACUGCUGGUGGGUUCCAUUUUGUCAUAGGGUGCUGGCAGAUUACGGGCCUCCCAUUGCUGCUGCCAGGCCCGUAAUCUGCCAUGGGCCCCCGUACCGACUCCUCAUGCUGCUGCCA